AUGGACGUUAUUAAGGACAUGGUAGCAGACAAGCCAGUGGUGAUAUUCAGCAAGAGCAGCUGUUGCGUGAGCUUCUCCAUUAAGUCACUGAUAAGCAGUUUUGGGGCAAAUCCCACUGUGUAUGAGAUUGACCAAAUCAGUAAUGGGACGCAGGUAGAGAGGGAAUUGCUUCAAUUGGGGAGUCAACCUACUGUACCAGCUGUAUUCAUAGGCCAAAAAUUCAUUGGUGGUGCCCACAAAAUCAUGAGCCUCCAUGUCCAGAACGAGCUACCCACUCUGCUCCUGAAUGCCAGAGCCAUUUGGAUUUGGACGCCAAAAAAGGAUUCGUAGAAGUCCAGGUUGUCCCUGGUUGAUCCUUACUAAUUAAUUAUAGGCACACGCACGUUUCUCUGUAGCUGUCUGUCACAGAAUGAGAAUUGCACGCAGUUGUCUCUGAUUAUAGAGCUUAAACUAUUCUGUACUUUGAUGUUUUGCUUCUUCCAGCUUA